AGAAAAGAGCAGGGGGGGGAAUGUCUGAGUGAGUCUGAAAGAACCGGUGGGCAGGAGAGGACAGACGCUCGGGACGAGGAAACACUGGUUUAAAAAUACUCCCCCGGUGUCUAGAAAUAGACUCAAGCUUUCAGGACAACUUGGUCAGCGGCAAAAAAAGUGAACUUUUAUCUGUUUUGUUUUGUAUAUUCUUACAGUUGUUGUUUCUAUGCGCUUUUUCGGUGGGGGCUAAACGUCUGUUGGACAGCCGUGCGCAUUUUGGAUCAAAACAACAACACAAGGGAGGACACAAGAGGACUUGUGAGUGUUGUCCACACUCUGUGUCAUUCUGUUAAAAAGGGAACUGAGAGGAUCGGAUUCACUUUCCACAUUUGCGGAUAACCAUCGGAUCAUUUCGGGAUAAAAGCGCACAACUUUGGAUGUUUGAGAUGCGGUGAUGGAGUCCGGCGCUGUUUCCACCGUGACUUCGCCUCUCGUCAAGCUGCUUUUCACAGGAGCCAUGAGUUCGUCUAAAGUGUCACUUUUGAUCCUCACGGUCGCUUUAUGCGCUUGGAGGGACGUAACCGCGGGGACACUGACAGAUCUAGAGUUUGAGCGGAGUCCUGCUACUGUCAUCUCCUCUCUGGGCAAACCUGUUUGGCUGCACUGCGCCCUGACAGGGACAGGGGGUGAGGAAGAGGACCCUCCUGAUGUGCUGUGGCUGAGAGACGGUAUCCCACUGCAGUUUGCGGACACCAACCAGUUCCAAGUUCACACCGGCAGCAACAGUUGGACGAUCAUGAGCACACUGGGUAUUGACAAGGUCCAGCUUCUGGACAUGGGCUCCUACCGAUGUGCUGUUCUAUCAGAAAGCCACCAAAUUAUGUCCGAGGAGGGGGCCAUUCAACUGGAGGGCCUUCCUCAUUUCUCUGUGGAGCCUCAGCACAUAUCUGUCGUGGCCAACGUUUCCCUGAGCCUGAGCUGUGUGGCCCAUGGUCCUCCAGAGCCGGUCAGGGUCAUCUGGCUGCAGGACGGUGCUCCUCUCAACUCCCUGACCGAUGCAGUGGCCCUGUCGCCCUCCACGCUCAACCUCACAGGUUUGAACAGGACCAGCACUUUCUCUUGUGAGGCUCAUAACCGCAAAGGUGUGGCCACAUCUGGAUCCGGAACCAUCACCGUUCUUCCAUCUCAGCCUCAGAACCUGACAGCUGUGGAGAUCACCGAGACCAGUCUCCUACUGUCGUGGCAGCCAGGGUUCGGUGGAGACUACUCCAUAAUCCACUGCACUGUUCAGGCCAAACACUUGGAAGAGUCCGUCACCUCAGGACCAGAUAAGAUAAUCCACCACCAGAACGUAAACGUCCCACCAGCCACACACCUCAUCGGGGACCUGGAGCCCCACAAUCUCUACACUGUCCGAGUGGCCUGUCACAGCAGCCAGGGCCCGUCGAAGUGGUCGCCCUGGGUGGAGCUGCGCACCAGAGAAGGAGUGCCAGAAAAUGCUCCUGUUAACGUGACGGCGACGCUGAACGGGACGGAGGUGCUCAUGACGUGGGAGGAGCCUCCAGGGAAGCUGAACGGAGAGCUGCAGGGCUACUUGGUGGAGUACAGCACACCGGACACUCAGCAGUUGGUCGUGGACGCUGGACUGGACAAUGAGCUUUUGGUCAAUCUGUCUGUCCCCCUGUCCAACGUGUCCUUCCGGGUGUGUGCCUACACAGGAGCGGGAGAAGGACCCUGGACGCUCACACAGACCCUGACACUUAUUGCCCCCGAAAUGGAGGAGUUUAGAGGUCCGUCGUCGCCCCCUGCCUUUUCCUGGCACUGGUGGUAUGUGGUGAUGGCCAUUGCCGGCGCCGUGUCCAUAGCUGUGCUCAUGGCUGUUUAUGUGGCCAAGCUGCGGCGCAAGGAGACGCGCUUUGGAGAGGCCUUUGAACCCAUGAUGGAGAGCGGGGAGCUGGUGGUGAGGUACCGUGCUCGACGCUCCUACAGCCGCAGGACCACAGAAGCAACACUGAACAGCCUGGGCAUCAGUGACGAGCUGAAGCAGAAGCUCCAAGAUGUGAUGGUGGACAGACAUAAACUAACCCUGGGAAAGACCCUGGGAGAAGGGGAGUUUGGCUCAGUGAUGGAGGGUCUGCUGACUCAGGAGGAGUCUGCCCUCAAAGUUGCUGUCAAGACUAUGAAGAUCGCCAUCUGUACCCGCUCAGAGAUGGAGGACUUCCUGCGUGAGGCUGCCUGCAUGAAGGAGUUUGACCAUCUCAACGUAAUGAGACUUCUGGGUGUUUGUCUGCAGACUGUGGAGAGUGAAGGUUACCCCUCCCCUGUGGUCAUCCUGCCCUACAUGAAACAUGGAGACCUGCACAGCUAUCUGCUGUACUCACGGCUGGGCGACUGUCCAGUGUACCUCCCGUCUCAAAUGCUGGUGAAGUUUAUGACGGACAUCGCCCGAGGUAUGGAGUACCUCAGCAACAAGAACUUCAUCCACAGAGACCUCGCUGCUCGCAACUGCAUGCUCAAUGAGAACAUGAAUGUAUGUGUGGCCGACUUUGGCCUCUCUAAGAAGAUCUACAACGGUGACUACUACAGGCAGGGCCGCAUCUCAAAGAUGCCUGUCAAAUGGAUCGCCAUUGAAAGCUUGGCCGACCGCGUCUACACCACAAAGAGCGACGUGUGGUCCUUUGGAGUCACCAUGUGGGAGAUCGCUACCCGGGGCCAGACUCCCUACCCCGGCGUCGAAAACAGCGAGAUUUAUGAUUACUUGAGGCAGGGAAACCGUCUCAAACAGCCUCCAGACUGUCUGGACAGCAUCUACGCCUUGAUGUUCUCCUGCUGGCUGCUGAGUCCAAAGGACCGUCCUUCAUUUGAGUCCCUGCGCUGCGAGUUGGAAAAAGCCCUUGAGGAUCUGCCGGACACCCAGGACCCGGACGAGAUCCUGUACGUCAACAUGGACGAGUCCUCCAUGGAGCUCGGGGCCGUCGGGGGCCGCGACCCCUUGGUGAUGCCGUCCCCUCUCUGCCUGAAGGGCUUGGACUCUGUAACCACGGUGGAGGUCCACCAACCCAACCGCUACGUCCUCUGUCCCCAGCACGAGACGAACCGGGCCCUCUCCGACUCCCUGGAGAGCCUGGACAUGCCGGUGUCUUCGUCCACAGCCACGCUGCCUCUACAGCCGUCCUGCCACUCCACGCCCAACGCCACUCCAGCUCCAACACCCACCGUGGAGCUGCUGGAGGACAGAGAAGGGUCCAGAAAAGUUCCCUGGUAGUGAUGUCAUGUCCUCACUGACUGGUCAUUACCGCCAUUACCUUCACCACAGUCCAAGAACUAGAUCCCGUCUCUUGCUACUGACUGAAAGAAACCUGAUGUGCCCUCAUGCAUGUACAUAUUUUGCACACACACAUACACACACGCCGGAGACAUUCCAGGGAAGUGAAGGAUAAGGACUAUUUUCCUUUAUCGAUUCCCCUCCUGUCAGACCACGCACAGUGUAAAUCAAAGAACGACGUCGUUUCUCACACUGCAGCACAAUCAGAGAAAUCCAUUGCCCGUCGCUACAGCAAUAAAAUACCACGUCUGUAUCAAUACAACUACCUGUAAACAACAGAGCGAUCACCUUUAUGUCAUUAAGCUAAAAAGAAAACAAACCCACAAAAAUCAAAGAUCUCUGUUGGAAACCAGCUCAGACACUGCCACACUCGAUCUACGAGUGAACAAACUCAGGAGCUCCAGCUUUCCAGAGACUAACACGGAGAACUGUCACCCGGGGAAAACCUCGCCUGUAGAAACCUGAGGAUUGUUGGGGGAGGAAAGGGAGGAUAGAAGGACUGAACCAGGAUUUGUAGGCUCAUACUCGUUUGUCACAACUUUCACCAACAGCAGCAGAGUGAAAUAUGACCUGAAAUGCAAUUCCACUGUGGCCUUUAGUGGCUUUUUUUAUGUGAAGCUUUUGUGAAUGAGUUUGUGUCACAGGCUGACGUAUGAAAGCACAAACCAAUCACGUGUCCAAGCGAAACAAGUCUUUCACCUGCUCUCAAGGUCCAAUUCAACUGGUCACAACUCAGGAACCUGAGACUGAGGUACAAGUCAAAUCAUGAGGGUACAGAUGAGAAAAGGUCGGCAGAUGCACUGAGGGUCGGUACGGACGAUGGACGAUUGGAGUGAAGCUCCUCACAUUUUGGCACAAGCACAGUGUUAUUACACAUUUUUGUACAAUUCUAUUUGAUGCUGAUCAUUUGUUUUUCUACAACUUUUGCACUAAUGUUUUUUUUUUUAAAUGUGUAUCAGUGUAUUUUACUUUUUUUGUAUAUCUUUUGUGUAUACUCUCAGUCAUUAUCAGAAACCUUUCCACAUAUAUAACCCAUAUUUACAUAAAGGCAGAGAACAAGGCCUGUGAAAGUGUCGAUUUCUGUCCAUGAACGCAGACUGGGAAACACACGACUAACCUCGUCAUCUGACAUCAUCCAGCCACUCUUUUUUAUUUCGAGUAUAUAUAUAUCCAGUUUAUAUAUAAAACCUUUUUUAUGCGAGCCUUGGCACUGUAAAUGAACGACUGUUACCGACAGAGUCAAGGAAGUAGCUGAAAAAAAAUGUACGUGAAGAUCGUCCAACAUAUCCUGACAUUGUGCAUGCACUUAUUUUUAAAGGGGACUUGACCAUGUUCUAACACACAUUUUUUGGGAGUACGACAUUUGUUAAAACAAAGCGCUGUGUGUCUCCGUUGUAUACGUGAAAAGGUACUUAUGUAUAUUACACAGUAUAAAGUGGUAUGUUAUACGUGUAGCAUUGCUGAAUUCCUCGUGAAAAGAUGGUGUACAAUUCUUGCAAAUGUCUUUGGUACUGUAAGCAAGGUUUUACAGUGGUGCUGAGGCUUAUAACGGACUGUAUAUAUAUACAAUUUUGACAAAAACUGUUUUGUACCAGACGCAGUGUUUGAAACUGAUAGUUUAGGUGUUUUUGAAAUGUGGUUGUGUGAGUUACUGUCAUAUAAUCAGCCUGCUAAUGUCUGCGACAUCUCAAGAAGACCUUCGUCAGUCUUAUCUCGCCAUUAAACAGCCUUUUGUAACAGGCAAAUGAUGACUCUUUACCACCCGCACCAAAGUCCAUACAGAAAAUCGACGAUUUCACGUCACAGCACACAGAUGUUGCUGAUGCGCUACUGCCUGCAUCAUUAAGUUCAAGUGUGUUAUUCUGUCACUUUUGUGUUUUAAAUCCGUUGUUUAGAUUUUACUCAAGUGACACAAACUUACCAAAUGAGGCAGCAGUUGACCAGCAGCUCUCAUGUACCUGUAAGCUAGAAAUGCCAUUUUUUCCUAUGGAUUUUGGUGUGGAAGAGUGAGUGAUUUACAGUUUCCAGAUGAGAGAGGCUGUCUAGUGGUGAGCUAAAGCAGCAAAAUACUACUUAAGAUAUCGCUCAUUUAAGCAGAUUUCAUCAGCCGAGCCUAUUGUUAAGUGGCUAAAGUCAUUUUAUUUGUGUGCUGCAAAGUGAGGGCGAGUGUUCGUGUCUCAGGCAGUUUUUUUGGCAGCACUAACAAACUUCAUUCAACCACGUUUCUAAAAAUCUGAACCAUCAAUUUCAUUGAAAAGAAAAAAAAAGAUUAAAUGAUCUCAGAAUUUACCAAGUGCCUUCAGAGAGCCAGUAUUUGUGUCACAGAUGUGUGUGUGGCUUGUGUUUCUCCUGGUGUGUUGAAUUGGGAGAAGACUGUAUAAACUGCCUUUAUAUUGUCUCUGUCAUGAUUUGUAAAACAGAGGGUUUUUUUAUAUAGUGCAUACAGUAUUUUGUAUAAGAAAUAAAUGUGUUCAUUCAUGAA